AUCAAACAUUCUAUACAGUUCUUGUUUUGUGCGGACGGAGUUCGUUGCGUUUUCGUUCCUUUUUUUCAGUUCUACCUGUCAAAAAAACAAACAAGCUCCAGGAACGAAUCGUCGUUUUCUUUUGCGCGAGUGAAAAAAGGAGGUUCUAUUCUGUUGUCGGACCGGGAAUUAAGUGCUAUGAGGAUAAUUUGGAUAGAAUUACAGGAUAUUUGCUUCUAAACAAGUUCUUCCGACGAAGAUGAUCUGGAGGACGCGUCUCCUGAAGAGUGCGUCCCGUACGGCGGCGAAACGUCGUUGAUCUCUAGGCGGAGGGCCGUAGCGUCUGGGCGUCGCAAUGACCACGACGGCGAGACGUCGUGAUCCGGACGAGGACAUCGCGGCUAUCGCGAAGCAGAUCUCCGACCAGGCCGAGGCCAUCUAUCAGAACUGGAAGGCCAGAGGUCUCGGACCCGCGGACCUCAUCUCUUGUCACGGCGUUGGAGACACCACGAAAUUGGGCUCCAUGCUGAAGCCGCAACCGCCCACCAGCAAGCCGUCGAUCGACCUGUUGGCGCAGGCGCCCAACAUGGACAAUAACCGGCUGGAGAAGCUGGUCAAGAAUUUCGUGGUGGAGGACAAGGCCAGGCUGGCGGCGGCGAGGGGCGGUGGUAAGGCGAUGCCCUCCAGCAUCCAGUUCGCGCUGCAGAAGUUCGAGAAGGGCGCCGCUGCUGCUACGUCGACCCAGCAGGAGCAGCCGGCCUUCCCGAAGAAGUCUCCGGCGAAGACGAACUGCACUGGCGCACUCGGAUCGGCGAACGUACAGACACAGGUGGUCAAACCGGCAAUCGGCCAGAAACCCCAAAUAUCCCCUAAACCCCGUCUGGCAGACACCAUCGAGAUGACCCUACCCGCUGACGCAGUCGCCCCCACCCUUCAAACCUGGCCACUAAAGAACCGCAUCAUCACCAAGGACAACGUCAAGAAAACCUCCCAGCAGGACGUACAGAAGCUCGGCGCACCAGGUCGACCUUCCUCCUCCUCGAUCACCACUACCACCACCACCACCAUCGACGACGUGGCCGUCGAGGAGAAGAGACUGCUGAACGCCCUCAACAACGGCGUGGUGGUGAACGAGGAGGCGCCCAUCGCCGCGGGCGUCAAGGGUCGCCCCGAACCGCCCGAGCCUUCGGUCACGACCAAGUGGGGGUUGAGGAGCACCCCCAGGAGGCCGGAGCAGACGGUGCCGCAUCCGGAGCUGACCAGCAGCCAGAGGCAGCACCUGAGGCAGACGGCGGCCAAUCCGGUGAGGCCGUUCUUGACCAGGGGCUCGGUGGCUGAGAGGGUGCUGAUCUUCGAGCGUUGUCCGAGCGACCUGAUGCUGGAUAAGAGGGUUAGGACGCCCAUCACGUUGCCCACGGCUAAGGUGCAGCCCAUCGCCAGGGAGCAUCCUUUGCCGCACACCACCCUACAGAGGCACGUCCGGAACAACAGGAACGUCAACAUACCCCGCUUCCACUUCCCCACCGGUAAACCCGUGCCUACAGGCCAUCUGGAGACGGUGAACGCAAGCGUGCACGCAGUGUUCGCGAGCGUAGGCGAACGAGCGUCGCGCGAACACUUCGACAAGAUAGCUACCGCCUGCCAGGUGCCGCUCUAUUGGAAAACGCCGCUGUAUUUGGCCGCUUGCGCGGAUAAGGGUAGCUGUACAUUCGAGCAGUUUUGGACGUUCUGGUCUGGAAUGUGUACAACGUGCCACGAUAACGCUUCUCGCUUCGUCUACAUCCUUACCAGAGGCAAAAGAAACCAUUUGGCGCCUGAAGAUUUCAUCCCUCUAGUCCAGGACGUCGUCGAAACACAUCCAGGUCUCACUUUCCUCAAAGAGGCUACUGAAUUCCAUUCGAGAUACGUGCACACCGUCAUCGCCAGGAUCUACUACUGUGUGAAUAGGUCUUGGUCCGGUAAGAUAAGUAUACCCGAGCUACGUCGUUCCAUCCUUCUGGACAUUAUUCAGUUAUUGGAGGAGGAGGAAGACAUCAACCAGAUAACGCAGUUCUUCAGCUAUGAACAUUUCUAUGUGAUAUACUGCAAGUUCUGGGAGUUGGACAGAGACCAUGACCUUUUCAUCGACAAGCACGACCUAACAAGGCACAACGAUCACGCACUCUCGUCGAGGAUAAUAGAUCGCAUCUUCAGCGGCUGCGUCACCAGGGGCCAGAAGAAGUCCCACCAGGACGACAAGAUGUCCUACACCGAGUUCGUGUGGUUCCUCCUCAGCGAAGAGGACAAAAACCACCCUACCGCCAUCGAAUACUGGUUCCGUUGUAUGGAUCUAGAUGGCGACGGCUACCUCUCCAUGUACGAGUUGGAAUACUUCUAUGAGGAACAGAUACACCGGACGGAAUCUAUAGGAAUUGAUACCCUACCUUUUAAAGACUGUUUAUGUCAAAUGUUAGACAUGGUUAAGCCCAAGUGCCCAGGGAAAAUUGCCUUAAGUGAUUUGAAGAGAUGCAAAUUGACAUCCAUAUUUUUUGAUACCUUCUUCAAUUUAGAGAAAUAUUUGGAUCACGAGCAGAGAGAUCCGUUUGCCUCGCAGAGAGACCACGACUUUGAAGGAGAAGAGAUGUCUGAUUGGGACAGAUACGCAGCUGAAGAAUACGAGCUGUUAGUCGCCGAAGAAGGUGGAAAUGAUCAGCAGGACAGUCUGGAUUACGAGUGUGGCUUUGACAGGCUCGUUCGAUGAUGGCAAUGAAGAUGACCUAACCCAGCUCGAGGGGGACCUGGACAUGGGGGACGUCACCUGCGAUUUAUCUGAAGACAGUGACGAGUGUAGUAUUUAGGACGACAGUCGAGACAUCGUGUUUUUCUAGUCGCAAGCUCGAAGUAUAAAAAUAGUAAUAAUUAGGAACGUUUUUUCUUUUGUAUCUAGGACGUUGUUUUGUAUAGCGGUUGUAUGUUGCUCGAAUAUAAGAGAGAAAAACCCCUAGUGGAUGUAGUAGGUGCGUAACAAGGUGGUGAUUAUGGAUUUGAAGAUACCUAUUUCUGGAAGUCAACUCUCCUCGAGUAUAAAAGAUUUUAAUUUAUAUAUAUUUUAUUAUGUUUUUUUUUUUAAUUUAUUUUUGUUUGUUAUUACUUGUGGUGCAGUCAAAAAUGAAGAACAUGGAGCCACAGUUAGUCAAGGUCGUUUACUUUGCAUCAUCAAUAUAUCACAAUAUCAAUACACCCUUGAGCUAGAAUUAUUUUUUCUUUGAUAGGCUCAGAAUAUCCUAAAGGUACUUUGCGUCCUUUGUGAAUCGUCUAUUUUCAUAUAUCUUAGUAAUUAUUUUUAAUGAAAAUCGAAUAAUUUUUUUGACUGAAUCACACUAUAUGAGAGAAAAUAUUAUUAAGUUUAUGAGUAACAUAGUGGAAGAAGCCAGUUUAAUUGCAAUCCAGUGUAGGUAUCCUUAUAUCGAUUUGUUUAAUACUUUUAUAGUUACAUUAAAUAUUUAAUCAUUCAUAUUUUAAUAGGUAGGAAUAUAUACCUAAUAAAAAAUAUUAAACGUUUUAUUCGGUCACAAGGUAUGCUUGUCAGAAUUCUUUCUUAUUAUACAGGAUAUGUUACGAAAUAUACAAAAUAUCAUGACGUGGUCAAUCGACAUGAAAAAAGGUCGAUUGAGAAGAAAAAAUUUCAGAAUUUUACCUGUUAUGGCCCAUUAUUUCAAAAUUAACGAAUCAUAAAAAAUGGUGCUCUACAUAUUAACUUCUCAUAGAUUUUGUGUAUUUCGUUUGAUAUCUUCAUAUGUCUACGAUGAAAUUCUUUCAUCAUAUAAAUUUAUAUUAUUUGUUGACUCCUGUGAAGGAAAAAAUUUAUUUUGACUGAUAAUUACUCCUUCAAUGUAAUUUCCUCUAGGCUCUUUCGUUCAUAAACUAUACAGGUGUCGAUGAUAAACGAAAAGGUGAAUGGAGAAUGCAAAAAGCUUAGAAAUUAGAGACAACUAUAUUUUUGCAUAGAGUAGCCUAGGAGGAAACUGAAUUCACGCUGAAUAGGCAGAAAAAUUUUGUCAUAACUUGUAAUUAAUUAAUGAACUCGAUAUCGAGUUUAGUCACAAACCGAAAUUUUGUAUUUCACAUCACUAAUAAAUAUAAGUUAGUAUUUGGAUGAUAUAUUUAGAGGCUGAUUACCAAUUGAGCUUAUAUUGUUGUAUGUAUCAAGGAUUUUCUCGAAUACAAACUUUGAGUUAUGUUAUUAUAUUAAAAAAAAUGGUGCAGCUUAUUUGUUGGAAUUGUAUAGUAUAGUUUAUUUAACAAUUUUUCGAUUAACAUAUAGUAUGAAUUUGACUAGUCAUUUUUUAUUACAACAUUUAUACUUGUUUAUUGAUUAGUAAGUUGUGAGCAUUGUAUAAAGUUGUUUCUCAUUUAGAUUAUGAUAUUAUAUUGGUUUUCUCUU